UGUCUCUAUCUUAAUUAUAAAACGUAAUGUCACGAGUCAAAGGAGAUAUAGCAAUUAAAAAAAAUUCUUAUAAAAAGACGAACGGUAUUUCAAAAAUUCUAUUCGUAUAUCGCUUAAAAUACUGUUUUAUUUGAGAACUUAAACAGUAGUUUGAAAUUUUUAUUUACCCACAGGUACAAGUCAUGCACUCGUAAAGUUAAUGAUUUUUGAUUUAUGGUUUCUUUAUAAGGUUAGACAAAUUUGUCGACUUAGUUAUCAAGUAUCACGUCCGAUAUUACGAACUAUUUAUUUCAUGGCGAUUGGAGCAGGUAUAUUAUUCAUAUAUACAUUGCUUAAUGGCAAUAUCAAUUCGAUUACUUGCGAAAAAUACAAUAAACAUAAAGAAUCGAGGGAAUCAAACGUCGAAAUUCUUGCAAUUUCUGAUCGUUCAAAAGCCGAUACGAUAUUAUUAAAAGAAGAAAUAUCAAAGUUAAAAAUGAAGACUUUUAAUCUCGACAUGAUGAUGCGAAAAAUGAAUGCAGAAUUAAGCAACAUUCAUUCGCCCUUGAAAAAAACAUAUUUAGAAAUGGCUGAUUUUGUAUCGGAAUCAGUCGGUGGUUCAGUGAUAUCAACGCCAGAUACAGAAUCAUAUUUUGAAUCGAAGAGUACUCAAUUUUAUUUCUUUGGCAUUCCAAUUUGGCGGCCGAAUUAUUUCACGCCUCGGAAAGUAAUACAGCCUUGGAGUCAAGCAGGAGAAUGUUGGGCUUUUCGUGGUUCCCAUGGAAAAAUUGUAUUAGAGUUGGCUAUUUUUGCUACCAUCAGCCAUGUGACUAUGGAACAUAUACCAGUUAGUAUGUCCUUAACGGGGAAAAUUGAUUCGGCGCCAAAAAAAUUCAUUGUCUUUGGUUAUUUCAGAAAUCAAUACAUACCGAUAGAUACAUUCGAAUACAAUAUUCAAGGAGCACCAACGCAAACAUUUCUUAUUACCAAACGUGAAUUAUCAAAUAUUCCUUUUAAAACCAUCAUGCUAGAGAUAUUAUCAAAUUGGGGUAAUGAAAAAUACACAUGUAUAUAUCGAUUUAGGAUACAUGGCAAGUCUUAUGAAUAAAAUUACAAGAAACUUAAGCUUAG